AGGAGUGUUUCUGGGGGAUGGCAUGGGGCAUCGUGCCCUGCGGUGUUGGCACCAGGAGUGUUUUGGUCCCCAGGGGCUGUGUGAUGCCUCUGAGCACAGACAGGUGCGGGGGGGGCUGCAGGGCCCCCACCCUCUGCCUCCUCCCAUGCUCACAGCUCUGCUCGGGGGGGGUCAGCCCCCAUCCAGCCAGGCGGUGUCAGGGCACGGGGGCGGCUCCGAUGGGACGCCGACAGGUCCCCAUCCCGCUUCCUCAUCCAGCGGGUGGCUUCCCACCCCCUGGAACCACAUCUGAUGCUGGAGGGCUGCAGGCAGACGCAUCAUCCAGGACACCCCCAGCACCAUGAUAAGGGUGGCGAGAGCGUUGAUCUCAGGAUAAAUCCUCCCGGCACAUCCCCCCCAGCCCCAGGACCCCAUCGCACCGGGGCCCGGCCGUGCUCCCUGCCCUGCUGAGCUUGCGCCCGCGCAGCCCCGCUGCCGGCUCGCUGCGGAGCAGCCAUCUUCCCCGAGCAUCCCUUCCCCCUCCGCCGGCGCGGGGGUGCCCGCAGCGGGAGGGAUGCUGAGGAUGCUGCGCUCCCCCCGUCCCCUCGCCCCCCGUGGGCGCCCCGCAGGGGGGCACGCUGCCCCCGUCCCCACCCCGCUUGCCGCAGAGCCGCAGCCGCUGGGCGCUGCUCCCCGCUGCUCCCCUCCGCUGGGCUGGGGGGAGAAGGGGGCCGCCAGCGCGGGCGGCGAUGCCACCACCACCGAUGCCACCUCCUCCCCGCUCGGGAGCCGGGGGGGGACAGCGGGCACGCAGGCAGCGGAGCCGGGAGGAAGGCGGCGAUGCCAGGGCUCGGGCAACUUUCUGCCAUGUGAUCCCACGCCCGGCUCCAGCCCUCGCCGCCCCCAGGCAGGCGCGGGCGUCUCCGCAGAGCCCCCCGCUCGCCGCCGCGGCCCCAGCCAUGGGCGAGAGAUGCGACUACCAGCGCCUGAGCAGCGCCGAGGAGGAGGAGGAGAUGCCCGGCCCCCUGCCCCACAGCCUCUCGGACAGCACCGGGCUGCGAGCCCCGCGGCCGGGCGGUGGGCACCACGGGCGGCCCCCCCAGCAGGACGUCACCCUGGGCAUGCCAUGCCGGCGGAAGCUGAGCUGUAGCAUGCAGUCGGAGGAGGGCACGGACUGGCUGCUGGAGCUGCUCACCGAGCUGCAGCUGCAGCAGUACUUCCUGCGCAUCCGGGACGAGCUCAACGUCACCCGCCUCUCCCACUUCGAGUACGUCAAAAAUGAGGAUCUGGAGAAGAUCGGCAUGGGGCGCCCCGGCCAGCGGCGGCUGUGGGAGGCGGUGAAGCGGAGGAAAGCCAUGUGCAAGAGGAAAUCCUGGAUGAGCAAGGUGUUCAGCGGCAAGCGCCCCGAGUCGGAGCUGCCCCCCCAGCCCCAGAGCACCUUCCGCAAGCCGCCCACGCCGCCCCCCCCCGGACACCGGGGGCCGCACUCGCUGACCUGCCUGAUCCGGGAGCGGGACCUGUCGCUCUUCGAGAAGCUGGGCGAUGGCUCCUUCGGCGUCGUGCGCCGCGGCGAGUGGUGCACGCCCGCCGGCAAGACGCUCAACGUGGCCGUGAAGUGCCUCAAGACGGACGUGCUGAGCCAGCCGGAGGUGCUGGACGACUUCAUCCGCGAGGUGAACGCCAUGCACUCCCUGGACCACAAGAACCUCAUCCGCCUCUACGGCGUGGUGCUCUCCCACCCCAUGAAGAUGGUGACAGAGCUGGCCCCGCUGGGCUCCCUGCUGGACCGUCUGCGGAAGAACCAGGGCCACUUCCUCAUCUCCACGCUGUGCCAGUACGCCAUCCAGGUGGCCAAGGGCAUGGCCUACCUGGAGUCCAAGCGCUUCAUCCACCGCGACCUGGCCGCCCGCAACAUCCUGCUGGCCUCCAACGAGCAGGUCAAGAUCGGGGACUUCGGGCUCAUGCGGGCCCUGCCCAAAAACGACGACCACUACGUGAUGCAGGAGCACCGCAAGGUGCCCUUCGCCUGGUGUGCUCCCGAGAGCCUCAAGACGCGCACCUUCUCCCACGCCAGCGACACCUGGAUGUUCGGGGUGACGCUCUGGGAGAUGUUCACCUACGGGCAGGAGCCCUGGAUCGGCCUCAACGGCAGCCAGAUCCUGCACAAGAUCGACAAGGAGGGCGAGCGGCUGCCGCGGCCCGAGGACUGUCCCCAGGACGUCUACAACGUCAUGCUGCAGUGCUGGGCGCACAAACCCGAGGACCGGCCGACCUUCGUGGCCCUGCGGGACUUCCUGAUGGAGGCCCAGCCCACCGACAUGAGGGCCCUGCAGGACUUCGAGGAGCCCGACAAGCUGCACAUCCAGAUGAACGAUAUCAUCACCGUCAUCGAGGGCAGGGCCGAGAAUUACUGGUGGCGGGGUCAGAAUAAGCGGACCCUAAAAGUGGGCCAGUUCCCCCGAAACACGGUGACCUCGGUGGCGGGGCUGUCGGCCCACGACAUCAGCCAGCCGCUUAAAAACAGCUUCAUCCACACAGGCCAUGGAGACACCAACCCGCAGCAGUGCUGGGGGUUUCCCGAUAAAAUUGAUGAGCUGUACCUGGGAAAUCCCAUGGACCCUCCUGACAUUUUAGGUGUGGACCUGACUGCUGCCAGACCCACCCAGCUUCCAGGAAGGGCUAAAAGGCAGCCGCCUCCGCGCCCGCCUCAGCCUUCAAUCCUGCUUACGAAGCCCUCCUACGACCCGGUCAGCGAGGAGGACGAGGGCCUGUCGUCUGGCUUCCGAAAACUCUGCCUGAAGAAGCCGGGCCCGGGGAAGGGUCUGCGGCUGGCCAAGCCCUCUGCCCGCGUGCCGGGCACCAAGGUGGGCGAGCGGCAGCCCGGCCGGCCACCCAACGAGGGACCGGCGAGCGGCGAGGUGACCCUCAUCGACUUCGGGGAGGAGGUGCCCCCCGCCAGCCCCUCGCCCGUGGGGGAGCUGACGGCCCCCUCCCUCGCCAAGCUGGCCAUGGAGGCCUUCUCGCUGCUGGACAAGACCCCCCCGCAGAGCCCCACGCGAGCCCUGCCCCGACCCCUCCACCCCACGCCGGUGGUGGACUGGGACGCACGGCCCUUGCCCCCGCCGCCCGCCUACGACGACGUGGCGCAGGACGAGGACGACUUCGAGGUGUGCUCCAUCAACAGCCCCCCCCGGGCGAGGGGCAGCCGAGCCGGGCUGCCCAGGGCACGCGAGCGGGGCGAGACCAACUACGGCUUCGUGGACGAGGGCGAGCGGGCGGCGGGGCUGGAGGACAACCUCUUCCUGCCCCCCAAGGAGGCCAAGCAGCCCAGCCUGACGCAGACCACCGAGAUCUUCGAGGAGCUGCAGCAGGAGUGCAUGAAGAGGUUCAACGUGCCCCGGGGGCCGGCCGCCUGCCCGGCAGAUGACAAACCCCAAAUCCCACCCCGCGUCCCCAUCCCGCCCCGGCCCCUGCGCCGCAACGAGCCCGGGCGCUGGUCGGGGGAGCUGUCCCCAGCCUCGGGGGGCGAGGAGGACCGUCCCCCCAGAUCCCCCCCCCGGGACCCGCUGUCGCAGCCCACCUCGCGGACCCCCAGCCCCAUGGCCCUGCAGGUGGGCUCCCCCCAGCAGCGCGGCGCCCUCUGCUCCUGCCUCUCCACCUCGCCGGGGAAACCCAUGCCCACCACGCAGAGCUUCGCCCUCGACCCCAAAUACGCCACCCCCAAGGUGAUCCAGGCGCAGGGCAAGGACUGCUCCAAGGGGCCCUGCAUCCUGCCCAUCGUGAAGGACGGGCAGAAGGUCAGCAGCACCCACUACUACCUGCUGCCCGAGCGCCCUGCCUACCUGGACAAGUACGAGAAGUUUUUCAAGGAGGCCAAAAGCCCCGAGGAGGCGCCGGCGUCCCGCGUGGUCACCACGGCCACCGUCCGGCCCAUGGUGCAGCAGCAGCCGGACUACAAGGCCAACUUCUCCUCCAACAACAGCAACCUCGGGCCCAAGUGCCUGGUGAAAGCCUCCUGCAGCCUCCAGAAGAUUGUCUAUGAUGGGCCGGAUGGCUACCGCCCCUCCGAGAAGAUCCGGCUGGUGCAGGACAUGGUGCACGGCGUCACCACGGAGGAGUGCCAGGCGGCCCUGCAGAACCACGGCUGGAACGUCCAACGGGCCAUCCAGUACCUGAAGGUGGAGCAGCUCUUCUGCCUGGGGCUGAAGUCCCGCGUGGAGUGCCACCGGGUGCUGGAGAUGUUCGACUGGAACCUGGCGCAGGCCAGCUCCCACCUCCUCGACCCCUGCGGCUCCUCCCGGCAGAAGCGGUGACAGCGGGGACCAGGCGAGCUGCGUUGGAUCCGGAGCAGGCGCCCGGCCGCGGGGCCGCCGCGCAGUGCCCACCCCGAUCCGCACCACCCGCUGCUGGACUCUGCACUGAGCCCCACCUGGGGGACGGGGGCACCCCAGAAAAGGGUCUGGGAAGACCCCAGCCCCUGUGCCAGGCUGCCUGCGCCCUGGCUUGAGAGAUGAGCUCCGUCCCCUGGCCUGUUGUUGAAUUGUUUUUUGUAAAGAGAAAUGUAAUUUUAAUAUAUAUAUUAUAUAUAUAUUAUAUAUAUAUAUAAAAUAUUCUAUGGAGAGGA